AUGAGCGCUCUACUUCGAUCGUCCCUGCGUUUUAAACACAUGUCCGCCGUCAACCGUCUCACACAACAGCUUCGACUGCUGACCGCCUCCGCGCCUCUCAGCGCAGCCAACACCGCCGGCAAGGCUCCUUUCAAGGUCGCCGUUGUUGGUUCUGGUAACUGGGGAACCACCGUCGCCAAGAUUGUCGCCGAGAACUGCACUGCUCACCCCGAGCUCUUUGAGCCCGAGGUUCGAGUCUGGGUUCGAGAAGAGAAGGUCAACGGCAAGAACCUGACCGACAUUUUCAACGCUGAGCACGAGAACGUGCGAUACCUCCCUAAAAUCAAACUUCCUCACAACCUGAUCGCCGAGCCGGAUCUGCUCAAGGCCGUCGAGGGUGCCAACAUCAUCGUCUUCAACCUGCCCCAUCAGUUCCUGGCUGGUGUCUGCAAGCAGCUCAAGGGCCACGUCAACCCCAAGGCUAGAGCCAUCUCCUGCCUCAAGGGUCUAGAUGUCACCCCCCAGGGUGUUUACCUGCUCUCCGACGUUAUCGAGAACGAGACCGGUCUCCACUGCGGUGUUCUGUCCGGGGCUAACCUCGCCACCGAGAUCGCUCUGGAGAAGUACUCCGAGACUACCGUUGCUUACAACCGACCCAAGGACUUCUUUGGCGAGGGUGAUGUGACCAACGAUGUGCUCAAGGCUCUGUUCCACCGACCCUACUUCCAUGUGCGAUGCGUUCAGGACGUCGCCGGUGUCUCCAUCGGAGGUGCCCUUAAGAACGUUGUUGCCCUUUGCGCCGGUUUCGUCGAGGGCAAGAACUGGGGAGACAACGCCAAGGCCGCAAUUAUGCGACGAGGCAUGCUUGAGAUGAUCAACUUCUCCAAGCGAUUCUUCCCCGAAACUGAUAUUAACACUCUUACAGUCGAGUCUGCCGGUGUGGCCGAUCUCAUCACCUCGUGCGCUGGAGGCCGAAACUUCAAGGUCGGCCGAGCAUUCGGAAAGGAGAGCGGCUCCGGCAAGACCAUCCAGGACGUGGAGAAGGAGCUUCUCAACGGCCAGUCCGCCCAGGGCGUCAUCACAUGCAACGAGGUCCACGAGCUGCUCAAGAACAAGAACAUGCAGAAGGACUUCCCUCUGUUCGAGUCCACCUGGGGCAUUAUCCACGGUGAGCUCAAGAUUGAUGAUCUCCCCGAGAUUCUUUACCACGCCAACUAG